UUUGUCGUGUUGAUAUGAUCGGGUUACGAGGAGAGUACUAUUUCAAUUCCAACCCAUCCGAUGCCGCUGAAGUCUGUGCCACCUACCUCUUGGGUGAAUCUAAUGAUCUCGUCGAAAUUGAGUUCACUGAAUUCAACGUAGAUUGUGAUGAUCCAGCCAAUAUAGUGCAGUUUUUUGACGGUUGGACCAUGGGAGUUGGGCAAUUUCCAGGCGAAGAUGAUCACCCACUUCCGAUCACAGAAAGAGUUGUAAACGUAUGUGAUCAUAGGCAGAGAGUAUACAGAUCCCAUCAGAAUGGAGCAAUGAUCACAUUUAGACUCGGUCAACCAAACUCCAGUUUCAGAAUCGCAUUUAGGCUCAUUUAUAACCCAGAACCUUGUAACGUGAUAGCCCCUGAGCCAGUUGGUGCACAUACCAUGCGUAACUUCGGAUACGAGAGAAACUGUUCUUUCUCUAUCAUCUAUCCGACGGAUAUCACCAUCAUGGAGAUGUCUGUUGGUGGCCAGGAGAAUGAUGCCACCAGGUUGAGGUGCUACGAUGGCCUGGACUAUGUUGAAUUAAUGGAAGGGAACUCGCUGAAUAUGGAUACUAUGCGGAGUGAGACUAGUCUGUGUGGUCAGGUAGGAAACAUAAGACAACGUGGUGAUGGUAACCCAUUGAAUCCUAUCAACCAGAUCGUACCUGGAUCUCCAUCGUGUGACGCAAGAUCUGUCAAAAUGCCUUUGAUGUGUCAUAAUUCGGUUGUUCGUCUUGUGUCAAGCAAUCAAUACGAGAACCAUGUCAGCUUUCGUUUCGAUCAGUUGUCUAUCACCAGGAGCGCAUGCCCACCAGAAGAUGGAGUUUAAAAACAUCGUUGUUGGUUUUGUUUUUGGCAAAUCCACAAUCAACCAUCAAAUCAUAAAGUCGUGCCGAAAUCUUUUGAUGCACAGAUGUGAUGAUAUUUACCUCAAGUUCAAGGCAAGCUCACCGAAAAUGGUGUUAUUUAUUUGAAAUACCCUUUUAUAUCACAUAGUAAACAAGAAUAUGCUACAGAUACAUUUUUCUCUUUCCAGAUCAAGUGCUAACAAUUUUAGGAAGAGUUGCUCGAUAUAUAAUUAUACUC